AUGCUGAUAUUAUUGCUAUUGUUAUCAACGACAAAAACUGAAGGCACGACAGGAACGGGAGAAGACACAAAAAUUACGGUAUCACCUGGGGCAUUUUUCAAUGAAAUUAAAGAAACUAUAAUGUACGACAAAAGUAUACCACUCAUAUACACACAAGACACGGUAAAUGAUAAUAUAAAAAAUUUCGGAGACACUUGGGAAAUAGAAAAAUACUGCAAAAAUAAAAAUAAACGUGAUAACUAUUGUAGUAUCGUACUACAAUCAAUAACGCUACUAAAAAAUAUAAACAGAAACAUAAAUGAUAACGACAUCGAUACAAUGGAAUUCCUAAAGAGCGCUAACGCCUUCAAUACUAAAGAUAGGCCAAAAAGAGGAAUACAAUUCAUAGGAGAUUUCUACAACUUCUGUUGCAAUGUAGCAACGGAUAAACAAAUUAAAAAUUUUUAUAAUAAUGAAGAAAAAUUAGCUGAACAGGCAGAAAAACUUAAAGAUAUCUUUGUUUCUGACCACAAGGACCUUUCACAGAUAACCUCGCAGUUAAAUAAUUACACAAUGACCACAGGAAAUAGAAUAGAAUUAUUAAAAAACAAUUUUAAAAACUUUGUCAAAGAAGAAAAAGACAACAUGAUGUUAGAAAAAAUUAACUAUAAUAAUCUAAUACAAGGCACGCAAGAAAUAAUGUUCAAUAUUGCUACCAGCUUGGAAAGAUUUAUUAAUUAUGAAAGAGACUCCAGUACACAGCUACACUGCAAAUUAGGCAAAAUACCUCCACGAGUGAUCAAUACCGAAGUAUUAUUUUACGACCUGAACAAACUUUCAAAACUACUAAUGGAAGACGGAUACGAAUUAGUAAUCAAAUUAGAAAAUAUUUUUUCAUAUUAUAAUCUACCAAUUGUUGAAUGCCAAUUUUCAAAAUCAAAAAUCUUAAUUAAAUUAAAAAUACCAAUUAAAGAAAAAUCGACAAAUUGGAAACUAUUUCAAUACAUCCCGGCACAUUUUAAAUUUCAAUAUUCUAUAUGCCUAAUAUUUUCUGAAAAAACGUAUGUAGCAGUGAAUACCGAAAACGACGAUCACAGAAUAGUUUCAGGUAUGGGACUACAGCACUGCGACCCUCCAAUAACGGACUUAUGCUACAUCCCUAAAUUCACUUCGGAUAUCACGCUAACACCAAAAUGCGUGGAAGCAUUAUUCAGAAAUCUCCCACUAAGCCAAAUAAACAAGUUCUGUUACUUUCAAUUUGUAAAACAACAAGAAAAUGAAGAAGUAAUAAUUAAACAAAUAGGAGUAAAUACUUUUGCAAUCACUAACCCCCAGCCUACGCUAAUGAUAAGAAAAUCAAAAAAAAAUGUAUACACCGAAACACAAAAACUAAAAAUAAACUACACACACCCAGGUCUAAUAAAGAUUUCCUUACCAUGUAAUUAUGAGCUUUUAAGAAACGGGAAAGUACUAAUUCCCAAAAUGUUUCCAUGCGAACUAAGCAAUCUAAACAAAUUCACUAUACAAAGAAUAUUACCCACAUCAUGGACAAACAUAAAAUCUUUAAACAUUGGUCACGAGGCACAGAAAGAUCAAAAUAUAUACUUCUCAAAUCUAAGCGAAAUACUAAAUGAAGACUGGACCAAAGAAAUUCCGAACUAUCACAUAACCAGACAGUUAAAAGAUCCCGAAGAAUAUUUUAAAAAAGUCAUCCUAGAAAAAAUGCCACAACCUCUGAUAAAUUACUUCCUUGGCGAUAUUAUAUACUUAGGAUGGUUAACAAUACUGACCAUAGCCAUAGGAUUUUUAGCAUACAAAUUAUUCCCCGUCCUAAUAAAAAUAGACUUACUAAAUCCCCCACCGAUACCGGCUAGACAAUAA